ACACCCCUGAAAUGCGAUUAGAGAAUUGGGUGGAUUUUUUUUGUCUGAAAAUCUGGCAACCCCGUGAAGCUGAUCGGUUGGUUCUUGUCACAUGACCUGCUUGUGGCUUUCUGAAAAGUUGUGCACGGCUACAUUUGAAAUAACGAAUUUUAGCGCGAAAAAAGAUGCAUUAUGUGAACGGCCCUUUAGAAUUGCCUUAAUGCAGUACUUAUUGCAUCCAAAUGAUUUAGAAUAAUCCAAAUUGUGUAGGAAUUCCAGUGAGGAAAACAACUACCAUUUAUAAAAGCUAUUCACACGUAGCCUAUAAAGGUUGUUUACUUUCAUUGAUUUGAUACGCUACUCCACACAGGAAGAACAGACAUGCAAACUAGUUACUGACCUGAUGCAGACACAUAUCUGAAGCGGACUGAUAUUGGUCUGGAGCGAGGUUUAGAACUGAUGGAAGAGAACAUGGAGAGUGAUGAACCAAGUGAAGUGGAGGAGAACCAUCAUUUCAAAUCUGGAGAAAAAAGUCGCUCAAAAUCUAAAAAGACAUUUUUAAAGAAAAGAAAAGCCAAUAAAUCUUUCCCCUGCACUCAGUGUGGGAAGAGCUUCACACAAAAAAUUCAUCUUCAAGGACACAUGAGGAUCCACACCGGAGAAAAGCCGUUCACAUGUGAUCAGUGUGGCAUGAGUUUCACACACAAACCAAAUCUUAAGUGUCACAUGAGACUUCACACUGGAGAGAAGCCUUUCAAGUGUGAUGUUUGUGGGAAGAGUUUCACGCAAUCGGCACACCUGAAAAGACACAUGAUGAUCCACACCGGAGAGAAGCCAUUCACAUGUGAUCAAUGUGGAAAGAGUUUCACAGAUACAUUGAAUCUUAAGUUUCACAUGAGUAUCCACACCGGAGUGAAGCCGUACAUGUGUGAUCAGUGUGAAAAGAGAUUUAUAAACAAACAACGUCUUGAGCUUCACAUGAAAGUUCAUUCUGGAGAGAAGCCGUACACAUGUGAUCAAUGCGGGAAGAGUUUCGCACAAAAAAAAAAUCUUAAUCUACACAUGAAGAUCCACGCUGAAGAGAAUCUGCAUGCAUGUGAUCAAUGUGAAAGCAGUUUCCCGAGCAAAAAAAAUCUUCAGGUUCACAUGAGGAUCCACACCGGAGAGAAGCCGUUCAAGUGUGAUCAGUGUGAAAAGAGAUUCCCAUUCAAAAGCAAUCUUGAGCGUCACAUGAGAGUUCAUACUGGAGAGAAGCCGUUCACGUGUGAUCAAUGUGGAAAGAGUUUCCCAUUCAAACUAAAUCUUCAGCAUCACAUGAGAAUCCACACCGGCGAGAAGCCGUUCAAGUGUGAACAGUGUGAAAAGAGAUUCUCAAGCAAACAAAGUCUUGAGCUUCACAUGAGAGUUCAUACCGGAGAGAAGCCGUACACAUGUGAUCAAUGCGGGAUUAGUUUCACGCAAAAACCACAUCUCAGAGGGCACAUGAGAAUCCACACGGGAGAGAAGCCGUAUGCAUGCAAUACAUGUGGGAAGAGGUUCACACAAUCGGCACACCUUAAAGAACACAUGAAAAUCCACACUGGAGAAAAACCGUUCAUGUGUGAACAAUGUGAAAAGAGAUUCCCAAAUAAAAAUAGUCUUAAGCUUCACAUGAGGAUCCACACUGGAGAGAAGCCGUUCGCUUGCGAUCAGUGCGGCAAAACAUUCCCUACGUCAUCCGCUCUGAAGACACACCUGACGGUUCAUAGCAAGGUUAAGCCACAUUCAUGUUCUGUAUGCCGAAAGAGUUUUUCCUUGCUGCAAAGUUUACAUGCACAUGAGAAAAUACAUGCUGAAGUAAGAGAUUAUAUGUGCUUUGAGUGUGGGAAGACUUUCAGUACGGCAAACUGCUUAAACCUGCACCAGAUAAUUCACACUGGAGCAAAACCGUACAAGUGUUCAUACUGUGACAAGAGAUUUAAUUUGUCAUCAAAUCGGAAAGCACAUGAGAGGACCCACAACCGAGAGAAGCCGCACGCGUGUGAUCAGUGUGGAAUGAGUUUUGCCUUUAAAAGUCACCUGAAUCUACACAUGAAGAUCCAUGCAGUGGAGAAACCACAUCAACACAGUCUGAAAUCACGAACUACCAGAAAGCGUCUGGAAGGAAAGGACAGAGAGACUGUGCAGAAUGAGACAUCAUGAUACUGAAGAACAAAGAGACCUGAUGGAUGUUAACGAGAAAGGAAAAACAGAAGCCGAAUAAUCUGUCACCUGCCCUCAGUGUUAAAAAGGAUUCACAUGAAAAUCAAGGCUGAAGAUUCACACGAGAGUUCACACUGGGAAGAAGCGCUCAGGCUUUCACUCUGAAAAAAACCUUUGAAGGCAUAGCUCAGGGAGCUGAAGAAGCCAUAACACUUUUAAAAGAGAUUUUAGCUCUGAAAGCCAUGAAAUAUUGUUUGCUUUUUGAGUUUCCCCUGUUUUAACUUUCUCAAUAGAGCUUUAAAUGCCUAAUAAAUUAUAUUUCACCCCACACACCCUUGAUAUCCAGUAUCAUAUAUACAUUUUAAAGUGUAUGUUGAAUACCACAAAAUACUCAUUAUGCAAUUGUACAUUCUCCCCUUAAUUCCCAAUCUGUCUAAUUAAAAGACCUUCUUUCCGUAACAUGCUGUAUGCCUUUUUGAUGUCAAAGGGAACUCCCACUAUUACCUCUUUAUUUAUUUGUGCCUUUCUGAUAUCAUCUUCCAAACAAAGAACUGCAUCCAGAGUGU